ACUGACCCAACUCCCCCCCUUCUUUGCCUACAAAACUCUCCCCCCUGUCUCCAUCUCUCCCUCUCCCUCUCCUCUCACAACGCACAGACAGAACAAAUCAAUAUUAACUAUGUUGACGACGUCUCAUCUAGAGCUCCCGGACUGCUCCUACCUCAGCGCGCCGACGUUGAUCAAGCCACUGGCCCCAACCCCAAGCCACUCCCUCUACCUCUCCAAACUCGACGACCAACCCUUCCUCCGUUUUGCCAUCAAGUACCUCUACCUCUUCCGCAGUCCGUCGCGCUCUUCCUCCGUCCCAUCCCCUGGCAGUCUGAGGUCGUCGCUCUCCAAGGUUCUCGUCGACUACUACCCGCUGGCAGGGAGGCUGAGGCCCAGUCUUGAGGAUGAUGGGAAGCUGGAGGUCGACUGCAACGGGGAAGGCGCGGUGUUUGUUGAGGGAGCCAUGGAGAUCACCGCCGAGGAUUUUCUCCGGGUCUCGAGUAAGCCAAACAGGUCCUGGAGGAAGCUGCUGCACAAGGUUGAUGCCCGCAGCUUCUUGGAUGUUCCCCCGCUCAUUGUUCAGGUGACGAAGCUCCGGUGCGGAGGAAUGAUCUUAUGCACCGGUAUCAACCACUGCCUUUGCGACGGCAUUGGAACGUCGCAGUUCCUACACGCCUGGGCCCACAUAACAGCCAAUCGAAACAUCGACCGACCUCCCACCCCUUUCCACUCCCGCCACGUGUUAAGUCCAAGGGACCCACCAGAAAUAACAUCACGACACCCCGUAUUUACAAAACAUGCCACCGGAGAGCACAAUUACGAUCUCACCCUCCACCUCCAGUCCCAGCCCUUGGUCCCCGUCUCCGUAGCCAUCCCCCCGUCCUUUAUCCAGCGCCUCAAAAGGCUGUGCUCGCCGAUGUUAAAAUGCACCGCCUUCGAGGUUCUCGCUUCGCACACGUGGCGCUCCUGGGCCAGGUCGCUAGGCCUUCCGCCGAUGCUACACUCGAAGCUCCUCUUCUCCACCAACUUCAGGAAGAAGCUCUUCCCGCCGCUACCCGACGGUUUCUACGGCAACGGCUUCCUGCUUGCGUGCGCGGAGUGCGCCGUGAGAGAUCUUGUGGGCAGCUCAGACAACCUGCAUCACAGUGUGAGGCUGGUCCAGGAGGCGAAAUUGGCCGUGACGGAGGAGUACGUGAGGUCGGUAGUUGACUACCUGGAGGCCGACCGGUCGGCGAGGCCGGACCUGUCGGCGAGCCUGGUGAUUUCGGAGUGGUCCAGGCUGGGGCUGGAGGAGGUGGACUUCGGCAGUGGGACGGCGGCUUGCAUGGGGCCUCUAGGAAGCGACGUGUACUGCCUGUUCCUGCCGGUGGCUGGGGAGGCGGAGUCGGUGAGGGUGCUCUUAUCGCUGCCAGAGAGCGCGGCGGAGAAGUUUGAGUACUACAUGAGGGGUGGUGGUUUGAGCAAUGAAGGAGAAAAUGGGAAUUGCGCGAAUUAUGGGUUUCAUGAGGAGGACGUAGAUGGGAUGCUGACGUGUGACUAUGCGAAUGGUCAGCAAUGCGUAAAUUAAGAAAAUCCUUGGAAGUGAACGGAGAAAAUGAGAAAUUCUGAUUUCUAUGGUUUCAUUUUCAUCUCUUAUGGUGGUUUGAUCAACUUUUUAUGGUGUAAUUUGGUAUAAAAUAUUAAUUUAAUUGUUAUGGCGGGGUUGGGACAGUCAAGUAGGACCCGAAACCACCCGAAGAAAUAACCAUCUUGUAAAUAGAAGUCAAAUAAUCCCUCUCAUUUGUUUUUUUUUUUUUUGUGUAAUGUCUUUUGUUCAAGUAGUAUAUCUAUACAGAGGAGACGGAAGGAAUUUAGUAGAGUGAUAUUUUUGUGAUAA